CAGUGGAGAAUUUCAAUAAUAAAAAAAAAAAUUAGGUGUUUGAGCAAAAGGGACGAACUUUAAGUUGAUGGACCGCUUACGUCCUCGGAACAGACCUGUGUUUUCUGGAUUUACAAAUGCUGAGAUUGAUAAAAUGGAGAAAUUGCUAAGGGAAUCAAAUGAGCGAUCAUUGGGCCGGGAAUUUUACCAAAACCUUGCUAAAAGUUUCAACCGUUCCUCUGGUCGUGCUGGGAAACCUAUCAUAAAAUGGAUAGAGAUAGAAAAUUGGUUUCAGACUAGGCUUCAAGACUCGCCACAAGUCCCUAAAGACCUUGGAUGUAAGGAAGGAGAAAUUAUCCGAGACCCAUCAAAGUUGGAAUUUGAAGCGAAGUCAUCGAAAGAUGGAGCAUGGUAUGAUGUUGAGACAUUUCUAGCUCACAGGUUUCUUAGCACUGGCGAAGCUGAAGUCCAAGUCAGAUUUGUUGGAUUUGGAGAUGAGGAAGAUGAGUGGAUAAAUAUAAAGAAUUCAGUCCGACAACGCUCUAUUCCUUUGGAAAACACAGAGUGUUCCAACCUGAAAGUUGGAGAUCCAGUCCUGUGUUUACAGGAGAGGAGAGAUCAGGCUAUUUACUAUGAUGCUCACAUUGUAGAGAUCCAAAGGAGAAUGCAUGAUAUCAGAGGGUGCAGGUGUCUCAUCUUAAUUCGGUAUGAUCAUGAUAACAGUGAGGAAAGAGUUCGCUUGAGGAGACUAUGCCGCUUAGGUGUAUUUGGCAUCAAUCCAUUUUGACAUUCCAGAUGGGCAAGUAGCUUUCCAACAGUUAGCAACAACUUGGACAUUUUGAGUAUGCAAAUUUAAUAGCUGAAAUAUGCAUGCCCACCCCCUCUCCCUCUUUUGGUUUUUGGUUGAGAGUGAAGAAGCUAUAUAAGUUGAAAGGUGAAUAUUAUAGUUGGAAAAUAUUUGACUUUUGGAAAAUAUAAUAGUUGUAAUUCAUAUCCUUUUUUUGUUAUUAUUUAGUACUUAGUAGAAAAGGGCAG